AUGUCUCGGGGAUCAGGUGAGGAUCUCCAGUAUUGCGGCCUUGCGAGGUCGGGUUUUUGUGGUCUCUGUGACGUUGUGUUGGGAUUCGAGGUCGAAUCCAGUUUAGUGGAGGAGAGUUGUAACAUCCGUAGCCCUUUUUUGGAGUUUUGGGGGUUGCGUCGGGCGACGCAAGGUGUGCGUCGGGCGACGCAAGGUGUGCGUCGGGCGACGCAAGGUGUGCGUCGGUCGACGCAACAAUUGCAAAAUCAGACCCGGUUCGAUUUAAGUGAAAUUGGGUCCGGUUUAGCCCGGUUAAGGGCUGGAAACCCUGAUUUUCGAGUUUAA